CGCCUCGAGCGGUUCCAAUUCCAACUGCACGCUCCCCUUUUCCGCUCCGUCCCGACGACCCACCCGACCGACCCCCGGAGCGGCUGAGGCCUCGCGUCGCUCACCGACAUGGGGCCCUCAACAACGCCAAGGCCGGCGGACCCUGCCUCACGCCGCGGCACCCUGCGCCGCCCUCCCUCGCGUUGCCAUCGACGGCGGCGGCGGCUGGGCGGUGGUUCUGGAGGCGCAGCCCCGGGCGCCCCUGGUGGCGGUGCGCGCGUCGGGGGGCACGAGGAAAGACGGGCCCAGCGGUGGCGAGGCCAGCAGCGGCGAGGAAGCCGAUAGCAAGGCGUCGUCUUCCGGGCACGAUGAUGCAUCUACUCCAACUGGGGAUACCUCUGCUGGGUUGAACCAACCCCAUGACGAGACGAAAACAAACAAGCCGAUUAAUGUUUCUAGCAGCAACUACUGGCGAGAUGUCAGGGCAAACCUUGUGCAUCGGGAACAGAUGCCGCCUGUCACGAGGUCUCGCCGCGCCAGCACCAGGAGCUACAUCUCUCAGUUCACGCCCCAGUCGUCCCAGCCAGUGGUGGACAUCUCCGACGACGAGACCGUCCCCAUGGAGGAAGAGGACCCAGCGAUGAUGACAGAGGUGGAUGAUGAUGAUGAAAACUGGAUGGACUCUCCUGUAGCAGUUGCACCUGUUCCACCCACUGCACUCACGCCACCAGCUGUUCCAGUGGCACCUGCUGCACCUACACCACCAGCUCCACUAGUUGCACCUGCUGCCCCUGCUGUACCAGAGGUGGUGCCUCCAGAUGGUCCUGAGGAAGAAAACCCAGAAUGGACUACCACCAUCCACUACAAGUAUCCUUCAAUGACAGCCUACUUCCACAACUUGCUUAGGGAGAUGUUGGAUACUUACUAUGCUGAUAAGGAGAUUGGCAUUAGGUACUGCUGUGCAGAGUACACACACCCCUUGAGGCCACAUACUGGAGGUCGGGUCUUACCAUCACAGUGGGGAAUGAGGCACAUGACAGCUAUAUGGUAGAGAGCAUCCAUGGUCACGUUGCUAGGCGAGCUGAGGCACAGGACAACAUGGAGGAUGCCGCCCAGAUGGCUUACACUCACUACCAUGGCCUUCGAUAUGAGGCCAUGAGAGCAGAUCAGUACAAGUUCCUCCCUCGCCAUGAUUCUACUAUUGGUACUUGGUCUAUCGAGAACCCGCAGGAGGUUGACACGCCAUUGGAUGCAACUGUUAGGCAUAUGCAUGUCCUGCAGAUGGCCAAUGAUGAUCUAUAGGAGGAGCUACGUGAUCAGCAGGAUUCCAUAGAUCGCUUCCAGGAGAUGGUUGACAGCCUUAGAGAGCAGCUUGAGUUGCCACCGCUCUACAAGAAGACCGCACCUCCUAGCAUCUCCGGCGACGCACAUAGGCCUAGGAUGCCAUAGUUGUUUUAUUUCGUAGUCCCGUUGUGUCAGUUGAGUUUGGAGUGCUUGUGAACAAUUGAUGUGUCCGUUGAAUUUGGUUAUGUAUUUGCAUGAUUCGAAUCUUUGUAAUGACUGCUGGAAGGUUGUGGAUUUAUCUACAAACUUCUGUUAUCUUAAGUUUAAUUAUCGAA